AUAAUCUUAUUUAAGAUAUUUCAAAAAUUAUGAAUAAAAAAAAUUAGCAAAAUCCCAAAUUUGUUGUUUAGCAAGAGAAAAAUAGAGGACCAAACAAGGCCUUAUCAAAUUUUUUAGCGUCUUUUCUUUUACUUCUGACGCUCAUUAUUUUUUGAUAAUUCCCAGAAAAAAUAAAAUAAAAAUAAAAGAUAAAUCCAUCUCCCGCGACCAGCAGGAGGAGAGAGAAAAUCAAACAUCAUUUUGCAAUUUCCCAAGAUUUUUUCUCAGGGAUUGUAGAGAAGAUAAAGUAUGAGUACAUUAGAUGUUCCCAGGGCAGAGCUUGCUCUUGCAGUUCUGUACUUGAACAAAGCAGAAGCCAGGGAUAAGAUAUGCAGGGCAAUCCAGUAUGGUUCAAAGUUCUUGAGUGAUGGACAGCCAGGUACAGCACAAAAUGUUGAUAAAUCAACCAGCUUGGCAAGGAAAGUCUUCCGUCUCUUCAAGUUUGUUAAUGAUUUGCAUGCUCUGAUUAGCCCAGUUCCGGCUGGAACUCCUCUUCCCCUGACCUUACUUGGAAAGUCCAAAAAUGCACUAUUGUCCACAUUUUUGUUCCUUGAUCAAUUUGUUUGGCUUGGUAGAAGUGGCAUCUAUAAGAACAAGGAGCGGACUGACCUGAUUGCCAAGAUUUCUCUUUACUGUUGGAUGAGCUCCUCUGUUUGUACUUCUUUGGUUGAGAUUGGGGAACUUGGAAGGCUUUCGGCCUCCAUGAAGAAGUUGGAGAAGGAGCUUAAGGGUAGUGAGAAACAUGAAAAUGAACAAUACAAAGUUAAGGUUCAGAAUUAUAACGACAGGUCAUUGACCUUGAUUAAAGCCGCCAUGGAUGUAGUUGUAGCUGCUGGACUGCUUCAACUGGCACCCAAGAAAAUUAAUCCUCGGGUGACUGGGGCCUUUGGUUUUGCUACAUCUCUCAUAUCUUGCUAUCAGUUACUUCCUUCACGACCAAAGACCAAGACAUCUUGAAUAAGGAAAUCACCUCCUUUGCUGCGAAUGAUUAUAAGAAGCCAUGAUCCAUGUCUAUGUAUGCUUGGGUGAAUCUAGAUAUCAAGUAGGGUGACAUUCAUUUAAUUAAGAACUGGUACUGUAUUUCUUUCUCGCCAAGUUUGUCCUCACAGUUCGCAAUAGUAAUAUGUUUAUUAAUCUCGUUUAGCCAAGAAAGCACUGUUGUAUUGUCUGGUUUGAAAUUAAUAUAGGCAAUAAGCUUUUCUUGAA